UCCGAUUGGAAUAUUGGAAUAUUUUCGAUCGACGAGUUAUUAACUUCGUAAAUUAAUAAAAAUCCUUCUCUAGAGUACAGAGAUUUAACAGGAAUUGACCGAUAAUUGAGAUUUAUUUACCUCCUCGCCCGUUAAUCAGGCGAUCCCUGGAUCAGCGGAAAAUAAAUUCCACUCAAACCUGUCCGUCCCGUCCGAACGGAGAGAGUGGUAAAAGUAAAAGUAGAACCGAACCGUGAAAUUUUCUUAUUUCUCUGGAUACGUGCAGGGAGGGAUGGGGUGGGGGAGUUGCUGUCCACAUUCCUCCGUGGACAGCAACGGUCCUAUAAUUGCAUCCGUGUCGGGGGCGGGGGAGGGUCGGCAGCGACGCGUUAACGAAAAGCAUUAAUUUAGAACUGUCCUGCGGUCUUCUUCCCCCUUCUGGGGAGGGAGAGGGGGCGCAGGAGAAGGUGUGCGUGCGCGCAACUCCCAUAUGCAAUUAACAGCAGCUCGUUCCGCCGCUAUGACCCGCGAAAUGAGGAAAUAAGCGUCGCCCCGGUGAAAAAGGGCACUUCUCCUCCCUCUCCUCCGCGACACCCCCGCGUCGGCCGUCCACUUUUUCGAGAGGGAGAGAGAGAGGGAGCAGCAACACAUUCUGGAAGACAGUGCGAAUUAAUAUAAACGCGCAUUUAAAAGUACAAUGAGCGAGCCACCUUCCGUCUCUCUCUCUCUCUCUAUACAUAUUUCAAGCGAUCCUCGCCCGUCUUGGAACGCGAUGAUUUCUAUCCCCCUCUCCAUCUCGAACGAAAUACGUGGACUUGUGGCUUGGUUUAAUAGAUCGCAACGUAGGGGAUGAAUAAUAUUUAAGCUAUCGUAUCUUGCGCGUCAAUGAACGGAACGAGACGAGGAGAGUGCGCAAAUUUUUGGCUGCUACAGUUAUUGAAAAAAAAAAAAAAAAAAUGAUAGAAAUAGACUGAUGACCAAAAUUUUACGAUCGAAGAGACACGCUCGAGGCCGGGAUAUAAUAACCAACCGCCCACCUCCAGCCGAUGUAUAAUAUCACAUUUACAGGUAUAUAUAUUAUUUGCCGAACGAAUUGUCGAACGAGUGGCCAAAGUCUGUUCAUUAGACCCGUGGAAAAACACGGGUCUCACGUUCCCGUUACCCGGGGGGCUCUGGAAACGUACUUUGCACGUUUGCCCGUGGAACGGUCAGUGCGGAAACAGCGUUCCAACCGAAUCGCGGAUACGAUUCUUCGUCUCGUUCCACAGGAGGGGGAGGAGUUGGAGCGUUUUUUUCGUGCUUUUCUUUCUCCCUUUGGACGGCGGCCCAUCGUGCAACGGAACGCAUGAGAGUCGCAUCGCGGCGGCGCUCGAGGGAUGCAAGGCAUCCGAGAUCUUUUCCUCGUCUUCGCGUGCCUCCAUUUCCUCGCCAUCUGCGUAUCUGAAAACGCGAUCGACGCUCCAACCACGCUGUCCAGGCGCAAGAGGUACUUGAUUUUCCCGGAAGGGAGUAAUAUGCAGUUAGUGUAUUGCCUGACGGUGGGAACCUACGUGAGGGAGAACGAUGUAAUAAUGGGGAUAACGGCAGCCCUGGCCUGGGAGUUGCCGAGCAAAGUCGACUCGAAGAUAUCGAAGUUGCUCGAUCGAAAGAGCAGAAGCGUCAUGUACCCGAAGAUAGAGGCUCUGCUGGAAUCCACGGGUCUGGAUGGAAGAGCUUGCGUGAUGAAGGCCCUGUGCGAGGCUGCCCAGAGGAGUCCACAGGAUGUUGGAAAGGGGAGCCUGGUCCAGGAGCUGCUGCACGCCAUCUUUACGUUGCCAGGGGACGGUGGCCGCUUCGAGCGAUCCGAGGAUCAAGCUUACGAGCGCGCUUACGCGAGCGAAGAGGAUUGCAACGGGCUGUACCCGACCUGCCGCCACUCCAUUUACGAGCUCGAGUUCUGAGGCUCAGGAGCCCUCAGUCAUCCCUCCGCAAUUGGACGCUAUUCGUAUGCGUGCGCGAACGUUGACCGCGUUUUCCACGCCUCUCCACCUCGCCGAUUUUUCAAACCGUCGCCUAAUCCCCUCGCCCUCUUCCGUCGAAUCGCUGCCAAAGUCGAGCGCAUCUUCGUUUCGAAUUUUUCACUCUCUCUUUCUCUGUGAAUCGUGCGACCCACACCACGGGGGCAGGGAAUUUUCGAAUGCAAAGUGGACGGAUAUAUUCGAACGCGAUGCGGAGAAAUGGAAAUUUUGGACAAUUGUCGAUGGAAUAAGAAUGGCUCGACGAAUGGUUACGACUAGUGCGCGGCUAUCUCUAUUUUAUGAAUGGAUUAUCGAUGGAAAUGAGCGCGAGUGAAAGAGUCAGGGAAUUUUUCUUUCUUUUUUAUUUCAAGUUACGCUUUAUUAACAGGGAAGAUUAAAAGAUUAAAAUUAAACUUUUAGCGUUUGAUCGCGAGCGUAUCGUAUGUUGAGAGUGUAUGCUGAUCGUGAUAGUUGGAUAGAGAGAAUAAAUCGCGUUAAUCCAUUUAAACCAAGUUGCAGCUUGGGUAUUUGUUAGGUAAGUACGGAUCGAUCGAAUAAAAGUUGUUACGCAAGUUGAUGAUCCUUCAAUGGCAAUGCAGCUUGCCUACUAUCUAUCGCCCGCCCCAUUUUCCUCUCCACGCGUCUAUUUCCUUUUUCUUUCUCAAAGAUUUUUCACUACUUUUUCACCACCGCCGCGAUAUUUUAGAGGAUGUCGGUAUAUUCGCGGUAAUUCGUUUUGCAUUAACAAAAUGGUCAACCGAGUGACCGCGGAUUUACAGUUCAUUUCGGCGGAGUGCUGUGCCUGCCCGCUCUUUCAACCCUUUUGUAAACGGGCCCGAGUGAAAAAGUCUACAAAAGGGAAAGGAGAAAACGGGGAAAGGGGGGGAGAGAAAGGGAAAAUAGAACGGAACGGGGAGGAAGAGGAAGAGGAGGGAAAUAAUAUCGCGCAUCGCGGUAUUAUUUAAAUGUCCAAUAUUUAACCACCAAGCAUUACAACAACGUUUAAAUGCAUUCGUGACGUUUUAUUAAUAAUAAUAGAUUCACGGCAUCUAUUCGACGAAGUUCGCUUUGCUUUUGGAACGAGAAAGGAAAAAAAAAAAAAGAAAGGGAAAGAAAGAAUGAAAAAAAAAAAAAGAAUUAAAAUUUCCACACGGUUUCCUCGAAAUAAAAUAAUCAUACAAACGUGAGGUCCAUUUUUUUUUAACGUUAUUUUAAUCCCUAUACGUGCAAUUUUAUUUUUCAAAGAGGAUUAAGGCAGGUUAAUGCCUGAAUGGAGAUAGAGAGAUGAUGAAGGGAGACAAUUAAACGCAUCCGUUGCAAUUCGUUAACGCAUUAAACUUCCAAUUAUGCAAUUUUGAAUGUUUGCGCGAUUCCUACGUAUAUGUGUGCGUGUGCUUUAACUGAAAAUCCGAAACGGCGAUUUAUUUUUAAUAUUAAUUAAAAAUGUUGUAAUAUCGUAUGAAGGAUCGCGAUUCUCUCGUAUCGUUGCUCGAUGUAGGCCAGCUCGAGUCGGAAUUGCAUUCGGUCGAAAUCAAGAUAGGAUUCGAGUGGAAUCUUGGUAUUCAUCUUUUCCUUUUAAUUCAAUAGGGUGGAAAACUUUUGGAUGAAAUUAUAUUCGUUGGAAAGAGAAAAGAAAAAAGAUGCACUCGCUCGAUAUGCACAAAGAUGCUUCGUUAUCGAUAUGUGGAUAGUUCCACGCAAGGUGAUGCAAAGAUGAUUGAAAUAUUUUUGAUUGAAAUAUAAUACGUCUCGACGAGAAAAGAGAAUUCGGAGGAAAUAAACGUGCGUUCAACCUGCGUUACAAAUUACACCCUUACCUAAAAAAGUUGUAAAAAGAAAAUUCUCUCCCUCGACAGAAAUUAACAAUCGACGAGAAGAUCGGUGGAGAAAUUAAUCUGACGAAAAUUGGAGAAAUAGAAGGAAAUAUAUUUUUUUAAAAU